AUGAUAUUGGCCUACAAUACAUUUCUUGCUCCACCUUUAAAUAGAAUGUCAAAUUUAGAACAACUCAGUCUGUAUUUUCUCAAUCAUCAUGGGCCCAUUAUUGAUGGAGUCUUUGUAGAAAAGAAUAUUAUCAAUCGUGUGACAAGAUUAAAGAAAUUCACAUUUAAUAUUUGUUCAAUUGCUCCCUUUAAUAACCAAGUUAAUUUACCAUCAAAUGAAUAUAUUCAAAAUACAUUUAGAACUUUCCAAAGUGAUCCAAUUAUUUCAUGUGUUGAUUAUUUUUCAAAAGCAGAUGAAUUUCAUUGUCAUAUUUAUUCAUAUCCAUAUGCAUUGACAUAUUAUAAUGAUAUAAUGAAUAAUUUUCCUCGUGGAUUAUUUAAAUAUGUUCGUGAAGUAUACUUAUUUGAUGAACGUCCUUUUGACUAUGAUUUUUUUCUUCAAAUUGCUCAAUAUUUUCCAUUGAUGGAAAAAUUAAUUUUACAUAAUCGAGAACCCCAGAAGAACAACAAUCAACAACGGUCAAUCAUAGAAUAUCCUCAUCUUACUCAGCUUGAUCUUGUUCGAACUCAUGAAAAUUAUGUCGAACAAUUUUUAGUCAAUACUAAAAUGUCUUUACUAAAUAGUGUUUAUCUUCAUGGGGAUAAUGAUUCUUUAGAAAGAGUUACGCACACUUUUAUAAGAGAUGCAACACGAAUCAGAGACCGAAAUCGAACCGAACCGAAUUCGAACCAUCUUUUUAAAAAUAUUGUGGAACUGAACCGAACCCAACCUAAUUUUUGA